CGCUCGAGCAAUCUGAACAAUGACUCUGUGCAAGAGGAUGAUCCAAAACUGGAGCCAUGUGUGAUUUAACACCGAUACUGUACAUUGCGCUGGUUUUAACGCUCUUUUCAACACAAACACCAUGAAUAUGUGGAUACCAACAGAACAUGAGAAAUACGGAGUCGUUCUGGCCAGUUUCCGGGGGAUGGUACAGCAUAGCUUGCCUCUGGAGAUCGGUGAUACGGUGCAGAUCCUAGAGAAAUGUGAAGGCUGGUACAGAGGAUUCGUCCUGAAGAACCCAAAUGCCAAGGGUAUUUUUCCUUGCAGUUACAUCCAUCUAAAAAAUGCUCAUAUCAAGAAUAAAGGGCAGUUUGAGAUGGUGGUGCCGACCGAAGACUCUGUCAUUACCGAGAUGACGUCCACACUGCGGGACUGGGGUGCCAUGUGGAAGCAGCUGUUUGUGAAAAAUGAAGGCGAUCUGUUUCACAGACUGUGGCACGUCAUGAAUGAGAUUUUGGAUCUGAGACGGCAGGUUCUGGUUGGUCACCUGACUCAUGACCGCAUGAGGGACGUCAAACAGCACAUUACAGCACGACUGGACUGGGGCAAUGAACAGCUGUGUUUGGACCUGGUACCCAGGAGAGAAUUCAGCAUGGUCGACCCAGACGAAAUCAGCAUUACAGAGCUCUACCGAUUGAUGGAAAAUCGGCAUCGGAAGAAAGAAACUCCGACUCCCGUCAGCACACAUCACCUGUUUGUCCAUUUGAAGAGUCUGAUGAGCUCAAACCUGGGCGAAGAACUGGAGGUCUUUUUCUUCAUCUAUGAUAGUCGAGAGAGCAAACCACUCAGUGAACGGUUCUUUGUUAAACUCAAUAAAAAUGGUCUGCCCAAGUGUCCUGAGAAGACAGAAAGACAAUGCACACUUUUUGUGGAUCUCGGGAGCGCUGACCUGAGAAAAGAUGUGUAUAUUGUUGUACACAUCAUUAGAAUCGGGAGAAUGGGUGCAGGAGAGAAGAAAAACACAUGUAAUGUUCAAUAUAGACGUCCGUAUGGCUGUGCCGUGGUCAGUAUUGCUGAUCUUCUAACUGCUGACUCAAAAGAUGACCACCUUCUGAAGGUUUACGCUUGCAACACAGAAAGUGAUUGGAGUCAAAUUCAUGACAACAUCAUUAAGAAAGUGAACUCCAGAUACAACCUCUCAGGGACCAACACAGGCCUAGCAGUGGCUCUCCAGUUGUUACAUGGCGACAUCGAACAGUUGCGGAGAGAAUACAUGGUCCUCUUCACCAGAGGAGUCUCCGUCACCAAAAAACUGGGCUUCUCUGAUGUUAUCAUGCCAGGUGAAAUGAGGAAUGAUCUGUACAUCACGCUGGAGAAGGGGGAGUUCGAGAAAGGAGGGAAGAGUGUGGCGAGAAACGUGGAGGUCACAGUCUACGCGCUGGAUGCUGAUGGACAAAUUCUCAAGGGUUUUGUGGCUGUUGGGUCGGGCGAGCCAGGCGGAGACGAGUAUCACACCUUUGUUCUGUACCACAACAACAGUCCACGGUGGGCGGAACUAAUCAAGCUGCCCAUCCCUGUCGACCUGUUCCACGGCUCGCAUGUCCGUUUUGAGUUCCGUCACUGUUCCACAAAAGACAAGGGGGAAAAGAAGCUCUUUGGAUUCUCAUUCGUUCCUCUAAUGCAAGAUGAUGGGAGGACUUUGCCCGAUGGCACCCACGAGCUCAUUGUUCAUAAGUGCGAAGAGAAUGCUAACCUGCAAGACUGUGCUCGCUACCUCAAACUGCCCUUCUCCAAAUCAAAUCUGCCCGGCAACAACCAAACACUGAAAGGCAGUAAAGAGUCUCUCUGGAUCACAUCUUUCCUGUGUUCCACCAAGCUCACUCAAAACGGUGAUAUGCUGGACUUACUGAAGUGGAGAGCUCACCCGGAGAGAAUCAGUGACAGUCUGUCUAAACUCAAAGAGAUUGAUGGAUCAGAAAUAGUGAAGUUUUUACAGGAUACACUGGACACACUUUUUGGUAUUUUGGAUGAGAGCUCACAGAGAUAUGCACUCAAGGUGUUUGAUUGUCUGGUACACAUUAUAAACUUGCUCCAGGACAGCAAGUUUCAGCAUUUCAAACCAGUCAUGGACACCUACAUUGAAAGCCACUUUGCAGGAGCCCUGUCAUACAGGGAUCUGAUCAAGGUGCUUAAGUGGUAUGUGGACCGCAUUAUUGAAGCUGACCGUCAAGAACACAUCCAACAGGUGCUAAAGGCGACAGAGUACAUUUUUAAGUAUAUUAUCCAAUCAAGGCGGCUAUUUGCACUAGCCACGGGGGGACAGAAUGAAGAGGAGUUUCAAUGCUGUAUGCACGAGCUGUUCAUGUCCAUAAGCUUCUUCCUCUCACAGGAGAACAAGAGCUUGCGCCCCAUCACGCAAACACAGGCAGUGUUUUUGCAGUCAUUCCCGGCUGUGUACAGAGAGUUGCUGAAGCUUUUUACUGUAAGGGAAGUGGCCACAUUUGUGCGUGAGACUCUCGGUAGCCUCCCCACCGCGUCCCAAGCAGACUGCCCCCUGCAGGCCGUCAAACUGCACUGCAUCGCCAAAACCGUGGAUAGCCAAAUCUACAUCAACCCAGAGUCUAGAUGUAUCCUGCUGCCAGUGGUGUUGCGUGUCCUGCAGGCUCACAUGCAGGAACAGAAAGAUCUCGUCAUGUGUGCUCACAUCCUCACCUGCAUGCUUUCUCUACUCAAGAGGGAAGACACGGAGUCGACUGCAUCCGAGGAGGUUGACCUGAUUGUGGAGAGUGUUUUGGGUGUGUUACUGCGGACAAUACUGGAAGUCGCUAACCGACCCCAUCCACCAGGGCCCACACUACGCCCCCAGAUUCAAGACAUUACGGGAGAGUUUGUGUCGUGUCUUCUGGCUCUCUUGAGGCACAUGAAAGAUCGACACUACCAACAGCUUCUGCAGCGGUUCACCAGUAAAGAUGACCUGCGGGAUUUUCUUCUUCAUAUUUUCACCGUGUUUCGGAUCCUAAUAAGGCCAGAGAUGUUCCCCAAAGACUGGACGGUCAUGCGGCUGGUCACAAACAACAUCAUCAUCACCACUGUGCUCUACCUGUCAGACGCUUUAAGGACAAACUUCCUCAAUGACAAGUUCGACUAUAAGAUGUGGGAUUCCUACUUCUGCCUGUCUGUCAUCUUCAUCAACCAGUCUUGCCUUCAGCUAGAGACCUUCUCUGCAUCUAAGAGGAAGAAAAUAUUGGAAAAGUAUGGAGACAUGCGUGUAAUGAUGGGAUGUGAGAUAUUCAGCAUGUGGCAGAAUUUAGGAGAGCACAAGUUAAAUUUCAUCCCAGCGAUGAUCGGCCCGUUCUUAGAGGUGACACUAGUACCUCAACCUGACCUGAGGAAUGUCAUGAUCCCGAUCUUUCAUGACAUGAUGGACUGGGAACAGCGCAGAAGUGGCAACUUCAAACAGGUGGAGGCGAAACUUAUAGACAAGCUGGACAGUCUUAUGUCAGAGGGGAAAGGAGACGAGACAUAUAGAGAACUCUUCAACAGCAUAAUUCCUCUUUUUGGUCCAUACCCUAGUCUGUUGAAGAAGAUCGAGAGAGAGACUUGGCGAGAGAGCGGUAUAUCACUAAUCGCCACAGUUACACGACUGAUGGAGAGACUGCUGGACUACAGGGACUGUAUGAAAAUGGGGGAAGUGGACGGAAAGAAGAUUGGCUGUACAGUCAGUCUGCUGAACUUUUACAAAACAGAGCUGAAUAAAGAGGAAAUGUACAUCCGCUACAUUCACAAACUGUAUGACCUGCACCUGAAAGCUCAGAAUUACACAGAGGCCUCAUACACACUUCUACUCUAUGACGAGCUGUUAGAGUGGUCUGAGAGACCCCUGAGGGAGUUUCUGAGUUAUCCCAUGCAGAGCGAGUGGCAGAGGAAAGAAUACCUGCACCUCACCAUCAUACAAAAUUUUGACCGUGGAAAGUGUUGGGAAAAUGGCAUAAUUCUGUGCAGAGAGCUGGCCAACCAGUACGAAUCCUACUAUGAUUACAGAAACCUCAGCAAAAUGAGGAUGAUGGAAGCUUCGUUUUACGAUAAAAUAAUGGACCAGCAGCGUCUGGAGCCCGAGUUCUUCAGAGUGGGCUUCUACGGCAAGAAUUUCCCCUUCUUUUUACGGAAUAAGGAGUUUGUGUGUCGUGGUCAUGACUACGAGCGGCUGGAAGCGUUCCAGCAACGCAUGCUCAAUGAGUUCCCACAUGCCAUCGCAAUGCAGCACGCCAACCAGCCCGACCAGACCAUCUACCAGGCUGAAGCCCAGUACCUGCAGAUCUACGCUGUCACACCAAUCCCAGAUAGCCAGGACGUCCUGCAGAGAGACGGCGUCCCAGACAACAUCAAGAGCUUCUAUAAAGUCAAUCACAUCUGGAGGUUCCGCUACGACCGUCCAUUUCACAAGGGAACCAAAGACAAAGAGAAUGAGUUUAAGAGCCUGUGGGUAGAAAGGACGACGCUAACACUCGUACAAAGUCUACCUGGCAUCUCACGGUGGUUUGAAGUGGAGAGGAGAGAGCUGGUGGAGGUGAGUCCGCUGGAGAAUGCUAUCGAGGUGAUCGAGAACAAGAACCUGCAGUUACGGACGUUGAUCACGCAGUGCCAAACGCGACAGAUGCAGAACAUCAACCCUCUCACUAUGUGUCUCAAUGGAGUCAUCGAUGCCGCAGUCAACGGAGGACUCGCUCGCUAUCAGGAGGCGUUCUUUGUGAAGGACUACAUCAUGAAUCAUCCAGAAGAUGGUGACAAGAUCAGCCGUCUCAGAGAGCUUAUGUUUGAACAGGCUCAAAUAUUGGAGUUUGGUUUGACUGUGCAUGAGAAAUUCGUACCUCAGGAUAUGAGGCCCCUGCAUAAGAAACUGGUGGAUCAGUUUCAUCUAAUGAAAUCAAGCCUUGGCAUACAGGAGUUUCCGGCCUAUGCGCGGGCCAGUCCGAUCCAAUUCACCAACGGAAGCCCUCGUGCUGGCAGGAACUCAGUGGCCAACGUCCUGAGUCCAGAGGGAGUCGCACGCGUGGUAGCACGACGCAGUCCCCUCAGCUAUCCAGCAGUCAACCGCUACUCUUCAUCAUCUCUGUCAUCACAGGCCUCCAAUGAAGUGAGCAACAUCACGGGCCAAUCAGAGAGCUCCGAUGAAGUCUUCAACAUGCAGCCAAGUCCAUCUACCUCAAGUCUUAGUUCCAAUCACUCAGCCUCUCCCAACGUGACCAGCUCGGCUCCUUCCAGUGCCAGAGGUUCACCGCAGUUGCCAGAUAAACCCAAACAUUCCCGAGAGAACUGCCUCUCACCACGAGAGAGACCGUGCAGUGCCAUAUAUCCAAACCCCCUGGAUUCCACACAGAGGCCAGUUCCUCACCCAGCAGGUGAUGCAUCCUUGCCACGCAGUGAUCCCAACAUCUCCACCCCCGAUAAAGUGGUCAAGCCUGCAGUUAGUAGCUGGAGUCUAGACACGCCGCUCUCAGAUUCAAACGGAAAGUGCCCCCCUGUCCCUCCUAGGCCACCGUACACAGGUUCUCCUGCCAAGACAAGAUCGCAGUCCCCUGUGAUGACAUCACGCUCGCCUCAAAAGAGUGUGGUGCCCCCGCUUACCCCCUCGCCCACAGAAUGCCAGUCUGCAGGGUUGGUGUCCAACUCGCCAAUGCUUUCGGGAAGCUACAGCAGUGGCAUCUCCUCGCUUAGUCGCUGUAGUGUCUCUGAGGCCUCAGGUACCGAGACCACGCCCGCUGACCACGCCCUCCCAAACUCCGCCUCCAGUGGCUCGGAUGAGUUCUUUCGACGGGAGAACAAGACUCCGCCUCCUUACUGCAUCCACGAGCGAAACCCCCGCAGGCAGAUGCCCCUUCCCCCAAGCCUGUCGAUUCACCCAAAUGUUGACGCACCGCCAAUUCCGCCAAAACCCCACCAGAUACGAAAGCAAGACACCGAACCGCUCCGACCCGACCAGUUUCCCAGACCCAGACCCAUUCCGAGGAAAGUCUCGCAGCUCUAACGUUGCACCCCGAACACCAACCCCACCAUUUGCACUUUUACACUUAAAGGGAUAGUUCACCCAAAAAAUGAAACUUCUUUCAUUUACUCAUCCUUGUGACUUUCCAAACCUGUAUGACUUUCUCAUGUUCUGCCUAACAUCUCAUGUGUUCAUAGAGUUUGAAAGUACAUGUGGGUGAGUAAAUGACAACAGAUUUUUCAUCUUUAAUCUCUUUGGGUUUACAAAUCCAAACUCCCAGUUUAAUGUAAAAUAAAUAGACUGGGUUAUUUUUAUUAAAUAUUAAUAUAAAUAUAUUUAGCGAGCGAGAGAUGAUACAGGGAUAUGACUGCAUUUUUAUGCACUUUUUAGGUCUUAGAUUGUAGGUUUACUUGUCAAAUAUCACAAGCCCCUGAAUUAACUCUAAAACAUGGUGUUUUCUAAGAUUUGUCAUAGAUUUAUCAAUGCUAAUAUGUAUUAUAAAGGUUGAGACAAGUUUUGCCUUAAGAUUUGAAAACUUUUUUUAAAUGGUUAAUGCACCAUUUAAAGUACUUUGUACUUUUUAUAGAGCCAAAUGGUGCUAGAACUCAUCUGUAUUAAUGCUAGCACCGAGGAUAUUCCCAGUGUAGUGUUUUCUUUGAAAUUAGGUCAUUGCUUUUGUAAAAAAAGAAAACACAUUUCAAUAUAGUCUCUAUUCUCAUUACUGAAAAUCUGUCAAAGAUUAGACAAAUCAGUAACAUUUCACAGUAUAAACUGCCAUCCUUGCUGAUGUGAAAAUGUUUUUGGGGGAGAAAAAAAAAAAAGAGUUUACUCAAGAGUUGUUUAUUCCACCAAUCUUUGCAAUUGAAAAGGUACUGUGGAUGGGGCUAUGUAAGCUCAUCAUAGCCAGUAAGCAUUGAGUUUAGGGGGUUGUAGAGAGUUCUAACUAGGGUUUUUGCAUGGAGAACCUUUGCCCACACAGUGUAAAUGCAGAUGGUUUUUCAAGGAGUUCUGCCAAGUGUCGUGCCAAAGGAACAGGUGGGCUGUAUGGAAAUGGAUGCCCUGAACUCAAAGAUGCUUUAUUAGGAUGCAAAUAGAGUGUUAAACAUUCACUGUAAUAGACUCCACUGUAAAAGCUUGCUGGGCAACCAAUUUACUGCACUGUAUUGCUGCUGGAUGUCUAGAAAGGGUACAGCCCAGUAAAAAAGAUAUUUUAUCUGUGCACGGGUAUUACAGAGAUUCAACCUGUCAUUGGAUAAUAUGGUUGCCAUUCAUGUUCACACUUUAUCAGUAAUUGCAUUCCAAUUCAAAACUGGAUUGGCACAUUUGGACAGCCCUCUAUGUUUCAUUUACUAGUAAGAAUACAGGUAAUAAUAGCAGGGCUGUACGUAUAGCAGAUUUGAAUGAUUAUUACACAUUUUCAUAUAUCCCUAAACAUGCAUAGAUGCUUUUGUAGAUGACAGACAUGUUUGCACUUCUCAAAUUCGUAGUGAAACAUCUGCAAAAAGCCUUCAUGAAUGUUGGUGCAUAAUGCAUGGGAAUUUAUUUUGUUGUCCGAAUCUUGCCAAGUUAGUUGUAAAAUUUUUUGCUAAUUAAAUAAUGGUAAAUAUAUAAGGAGCGAGACCAGUUAUUUCUUCUUAGUAAAAAUUUUUAUCACCUAACUCAGUGUGAUUUGUUCAUUUAUAGUUCCUAUUGAUUCUCAAAUUAACUUGAGUAUGAUUUUUAUUUUCACCUUUUUUAUGGUCGCAUUUUAGGAGACUGACUUGUUGCGAAUGUCGAAUGAAGAUCUUCAUAAAAAUCGUACUUGAGUAUCUGUAAACGAAAUAGCAAGAUUGUUGUAAUUUUGCCAAAUACAAUGUCUUGUCUAUUUUAAAUACCGUGUUUUUAACAGAAACAAAAGUGUAGCUAUAACAAAUUUACAGCUUUGAAUGUUUGAACAGCAAAUUAGGUUGAUAAAUGUCAAAUAUUUAUGUAUUUUGUGAGUGUGGAGAAAAUUAGGUUGAGACUGCUAACACAUUUACAUUCUAAUGACUUCCUGUCUAAUAAACAUUUCCA